AUGCAGGAUGCAGUAGCCGGGACGGCAAUGCUGACGGACGGCUUCGAGGACGAGAUUGACUCGGUGACUCCUCGCUCCCCAGUGGCAGGGAUGGGGGUAGGAGCGACACCAGGAGGAGUCGGGAUAGGGGGCAUUGGGAUUGGUGUGGGUGGAAAGAAAGUACGCUUAUACGGGGAGCCUGGCGGGCCUUCCGCGGAAAGACUGGAUUUCAAACUAGCGGCUGCGGCCGUCAUCUCUUCGGGUCCGGGAUCCGGCAGCGACGAAGACGAGGUUUCCGAGGUGGAGUCAUUCAUUUUGGACCAGGAAGAUCUGGAUAACCCCAUUAUGAAGACGGCAUCAGAGUUACUUUUGUCUAGUGCAACAGAUGGAGUUGAUUUGCGGACUGUCGAUCCAGAAACACAGGCCAGACUUGAAGCGCUACUAGAAGCUGCAGGCAUCGGUAAACUUUCCACUGCCGAUGGUAAAGCUUUUGCAGAUCCCGAGGUGCUGCGACGACUGACGUCAUCUGUGAGUUGUGCGCUGGAUGAGGCUGCAGCUGCACUCACGCGUAUGAGGGCCGAAAACACACUUAACGCUGGCCAAGCCGACAACCGUAGUUUAGCAGAGGCAUGCUCAGAUGGUGAUGUCAACGCUGUGCGCAAACUGCUGGAUGAGGGGCGAAGUGUCAACGAACACACGGAGGAAGGGGAGAGCCUGCUAUGUCUAGCUUGCUCGGCUGGCUAUUAUGAACUUGCACAGGUCUUGUUGGCCAUGCACGCAAAUGUGGAGGACCGAGGCAUAAAAGGGGAUAUAACUCCACUUAUGGCUGCAGCUAGUGGGGGCUAUGUGGACAUCGUCAAGCUGCUUCUAGUACACGGAGCAGAUGUUAACGCACAAUCCUCCACAGGUAACACAGCUUUGACGUACGCAUGUGCUGGCGGCUUUGUGGACGUGGUGAAGGUGCUACUCAAAGAGGGUGCCAACAUCGAGGACCACAAUGAAAACGGGCACACACCUCUAAUGGAGGCUGCCAGUGCUGGCCAUGUCGAGGUUGCUCGGGUACUCCUAGAGUACGGCGCUGGAAUUAACACCCAUUCAAAUGAGUUUAAAGAGAGCGCUCUCACACUUGCCUGCUACAAAGGUCACUUGGAUAUGGUGCGUUUUCUGUUGGAGGCUGGCGCAGACCAGGAGCAUAAGACUGAUGAAAUGCACACUGCACUGAUGGAGGCCUGCAUGGAUGGCCAUGUGGAGGUAGCGCGGUUGCUGUUGGACAGCGGCGCGCAGGUCAACAUGCCAGCGGAUUCUUUUGAAUCGCCCCUUACCCUCGCAGCCUGCGGAGGACACGUGGAGCUGGCAGCCUUGCUCAUAGAGAGGGGAGCCAACUUGGAGGAGGUAAAUGAUGAGGGUUACACCCCAUUAAUGGAAGCCGCAAGAGAAGGCCAUGAAGAAAUGGUAGCACUUCUGCUUGCACAAGGUGCUAACAUCAACGCCCAGACAGAAGAGACUCAGGAGACAGCUCUGACUCUAGCAUGCUGCGGAGGCUUCCUGGAAGUGGCUGACUUUCUUAUCAAAGCAGGGGCUGACAUUGAGUUGGGCUGCUCUACUCCCCUCAUGGAAGCAGCACAGGAAGGCCAUCUGGAGUUGGUCAAAUAUCUACUGGCGGCAGGGGCAAACGUUCAUGCCACCACAGCAACCGGUGAUACAGCACUGACAUACGCGUGUGAAAAUGGUCACACGGAUGUUGCAGAUGUUCUCCUGCAGGCUGGAGCUAACCUGGAACAUGAGUCUGAAGGUGGACGGACACCUUUGAUGAAGGCGGCAAGAGCGGGGCAUCUCUGCACAGUACAGUUCCUUAUCAGCAAAGGUGCUAAUGUGAAUAGAGCUACCGCCAAUAAUGAUCACACAGUGGUGUCUCUGGCCUGUGCUGGAGGGCAUCUGGCCGUUGUGGAGUUGCUGCUGGCUCAUGGGGCAGACCCUACCCACAGACUUAAAGAUGGCUCGACCAUGUUGAUUGAAGCUGCUAAGGGUGGCCACACCAAUGUCGUGUCCUACCUGUUGGACUAUCCCAACAACAUCCUUUCUGUCCCGGCCCCUGACCUCUCCCAACUUACUCCCCCCUCCCAAGAUGCGUCUCAGGUCCCUCGUGUCCCAUUCCAAGCUCUCGCUAUGGUGGUUCCCCCUCAGGAGCCCGACCGGGCCCCAUCGAACCUCACAACCCCCCCACCUGUCUCAAGCAAAGGUGCAUCCAAGCAGAGACAGGCAGCACUUCAGCCUGGUGUCCCCAGCUCAGUUGGCCGGGGGACUGAAGCAGAGCCUCUGCCGCCCUUCCACCUGUGCCAGCCACUGGAGUGCAUUGUGGAGGAGACUGAGGGAAAAUUGAAUGAGCUAGGCCAGCGGAUUAGCGCAAUUGAAAAAGCCCAGCUUCAGUCGCUAGAACUCAUCCAAGGGGAGCCACUCACCAAAGACAAAAUCGAGGAGCUGAAGAAAAGUCGAGAGGAGCAGGUUCAGAAGAAAAAGAAAAUCUUGAAGGAGCUGCAGAAGGUAGAACGCCAGUUGCAGCUGAAAACACAGCAACAGUUCACCAAAGAAUACAUGGAGGCGAAGGGCUUAAAGGAAGAGCAGGAGGCCGGACAGAGCCAAGGCCCGGAAGACGAUGAUGAAGAUGAUGACGAUGAUGAUGACGAGGAGGAAGAGGAGGAGGAAGAAGAAGAGGAAGAAGGUUCAGAAGAUGAGGCAGAUGCAGAAGAGGAGGAUUACACCAAGCUUCCUCAAGUGGGCACAAUCCUCUGCAGAGAUGGACCACAGCCUCCACAGCAGCCACCACUGCCCCUUUCACCACAGGCCCAGCCACCGCCUCCGCCUCUCCAGGCUGCCUUCGUUCCUGUCCAGCCUUUGCCUGACUACAACCCCGCCGAUUACCCAGGGAGUACAAGUCCCGACCUUCAAAGGGUGCUUGUUGGACAGCAGAUGCUUGGCCAGCAGCAGCAGGUUCAAGGUCAGCAGUUGUCCGGCUUGGGGCCUGGAAUGAUACCUCAGCCAGCCCCAGACGGACUUAUGGUUGCUACACCUGCACAGACGCUCACAGAUACGCUGGAUGACAUCAUGGCAGCUGUUAGCAGCCGUGUGCCCAUGCUGAACACAACCACCUCACCUACUCCCUUGUCGCAACCGCCCACCCAGACAUCUGCCAACAUCUCCUCACCACCAUCUGUGCUACCCCUCUACCCCUCUGUUGACAUUGAUGCACACACUGAGAGUAACCAUGACACCGCGCUGACGUUGGCCUGUGCUGGUGGACAUGAGGAGCUGGUAUCUGUUCUUAUUGCACGGGGAGCUAACAUUGAGCAUCGUGAUAAGAAAGGUUUCACCCCUCUCAUCCUGGCUGCCACCGCUGGCCAUGUUGGCGUUGUGGAAGUGCUGCUCGACAAAGGUGGUGACAUUGAGGCACAGUCUGAGAGAACCAAAGACACACCUCUCUCCUUAGCCUGCUCAGGGGGACGACAAGAGGUUGUUGAGUUGCUGCUGCUACGAGGAGCCAAUAAAGAGCACCGCAAUGUUUCCGAUUACACACCUUUGAGCCUUGCAGCGUCUGGCGGUUAUGUCAACAUCAUCAAGAUACUCCUCAAUGCUGGAGCUGAAAUCAACUCCCGGACUGGCAGCAAACUUGGGAUCUCGCCUCUGAUGCUGGCAGCAAUGAAUGGUCAUGUUCCAGCAGUGAAGUUGUUGCUGGAUAUGGGAUCAGACAUCAAUGCCCAAAUCGAGACCAACAGAAACACAGCUCUGACCUUAGCUUGCUUCCAAGGGCGGGCUGAGGUUGUAAGCCUGCUGCUCGAUCGCAAGGCCAAUGUUGAACAUCGUGCAAAGACUGGGCUCACGCCUCUGAUGGAAGCUGCCUCAGGAGGCUAUGCUGAGGUGGGCCGUGUGCUGUUGGAUAAAGGCGCUGAUGUCAACGCUCCACCAGUUCCAUCAUCCAGGGACACUGCUCUCACCAUCGCUGCUGACAAGGGUCACUACAAGUUUUGUGAGCUGCUUAUCAAUAGGGGUGCCCAUAUUGAUGUACGUAACAAGAAAGGAAAUACGCCUCUCUGGCUGGCAGCUAAUGGUGGCCAUUUUGACGUGGUCCAGCUAUUGGUGCACGCAAGCGCUGAUGUGGAUGCAGCUGACAACCGCAAAAUUACCCCUCUCAUGGCUGCUUAUCGCAAGGGUCAUGUAAAAGUGGUGCAGUACCUUGUCAAGGAAGUCAACCAGUUCCCAUCAGAUAUUGAGUGCAUGAGAUAUAUAGCCACGAUUGCAGACAAGGAGCUUUUGAAGAAGUGCCACCAGUGCAUGGAGACCAUCGUCAAAGCCAAAGACCAACAGGCAGCUGAGGCCAACAAAAACGCAAGCAUUCUCCUCAAGGAACUAGAUCUGGAGAAGUCUCGAGAGGAGAGCAAAAAGCAGGCUCUGGCUGCCAAGCGAGAGAAACGCAAGGAGAAGCGCAAGAAGAAAAAGGAGGAGCAGAAGAGGAAGCUGGAGGAAGAGGAAGGGCAAAAAAUCAAGGAGGAUUCAUCGGAUAUGCAGGAACUGAAGGAGGAUUCUGCUGAAGAAUCGGAGGUUCCUAUUGAGCCUCCCAGUGCAACUACCACGACCACCAUUGGGAUAUCUGCCACCUCAGCCACUUUCACCACAGCUUUUGGUAAAAAGAGAGCAAGUGUAGCCACGACCUCGAGUACCAACCGCAAGAACAAAAAGAACAAGACGAAGGACUCGCCAAAUGAACCUAUAAUAUUACAGGAUCCGCAGGUUGCACUAGCACAACAUAAGGCUGACAAGAACAAAAUCCACGGUGAGCCCCGAGGUGGAGGUGGGGGUGUGACGGGGGGAAACAGCGACUCGGACCCCCUGGACAGCACUGACUGUGCCAGCGAAAGCAGCAGCAGUGGCGGGAAGAGUCAGGAGCUCAACUACCUACCUGACCUCACUUCGUCCACUUCCUCGUCAUCUUCUUCCUCCUCAUCCUCCUCGGCCCCAUCUUCAGGGCCCCCACAAGCCCAAACUCUUUUGGUUGGCCCCGAAAAAAGACACUGUCCUCAGCCUCAAACAGAAGGCAAGAUGGACAAGGUCACAGUCUCCAUCUCAAAACCAACGCAGAAAGCUCCAGACAUGAAUGACUCCACCUCAAACUCUAUGCCCUCCCCGUUCAAGACCAUAGCUCUCCCAGUUACCUCACCCAGCAGUAAGCUCAGCCUUACAAGCCCCAAGCGGGGCCAGAAGAGGGAAGACGGUUGGAAGGAAGUUGUCAGAAGAUCGAAAAAGCUUUCUGUGCCAGCCUCUGUUGUGUCACGUAUCAUGGGUCGCGGGGGUUGCAACAUUACAGCCAUUCAAGAUGUGACAGGAGCCCAUAUUGAUGUAGACAAACAGAAGGACAAGAACGGUGAAAGGAUGAUCACCAUAAGAGGAGGCACAGAGUCCACGCGAUAUGCUGUUCAGUUGAUCAAUGCGCUAAUCCAAGACCCUGCCAAAGAGCUUGAGGACCUGAUUCCUCGCAAUCACAUCAGAGUGCCGGGCUCAAAAGCAUCCUCGGCUUCCUUUGGCAACAGCGCAGGGGGCGGUGGCGGUUCAAACUCGGGACCUAAGUCCCUCAGCUCCCUUGUUACUUCGUCAGGCGUGUCGUUCCAGCCCUCUUCAUCCACUUCAUCCUCCUCCUCUCAGGCUGUAGGAAAGAUGGGGAAAGGGCUGUCAUCAAACGUCAGACAGCCUUUUCCAGUGUCGCUACCCCUCGCCUACGCUCACCCUCAGCUGGCCCUACUGGCCGCUCAGACCAUGCACCAGAUCAGACACCCUCGGCUUCCUAUGGCACAGUUCGGCGGUACGUUCUCUCCCGCCGCCAGCACUUGGGGUCCCUUUCCCGUGCGACCCGUGAGUCCCGGCAGCGCUAACAGCUCCCCCAAACAUAACGGCGGAAGUGCAACUGGCCCGGCCAGACCCAACUCUACUCCCAGUGAGCACAGCAACAGCGCCAGCUCCGCAAUCACCACCACAACCAACACCACCACCACUAGUGCUCCCAGCUCAUCCGCAGCAUCAGCCUUGCCUCACACGCCUAACGCUACGCCGUACAAUCCUCAGCCCAGUAUCCCCACCCCUUCCUCAGUGAGAAAACAACUCUUCGCCCCCGACUCAAAAUCUGCCUCCGCCACUUCGGUGUCCGUGGCAGCAACAGCGACUAGCAGCAGCAACGCAGUGCGGGGCACGGGGUCUCCCGCGCACCACAAUUCCUCUGCGGCUCCAGUUAAUACUUCCCAACAGCAGGUUGGAAGCAUCUCACAGCCCCCUAUGCAGCAAGUUAAAACGGAGGCUGCUGCCGUAAUGACAUCUGGAAAAGAGAAACCUCAACAUGCUGAGAAUCAGCCCGUUUCUAUCAGCGACGGCAUAGCUUCGGCAGGCUUCUCUGCAGCCGCUAUGUCUUUGCCGCCCAAACCGGAACCCCGGCAGCAGUUGCCUCCCCCAUCCUCCUCCGUUUCUUCGACGGAGCCUCCUCCGGCGCUCCUGAACUCCCAAAGCAACUCCCACCUCGCCUCGAUUCCUCCUCCUGCCCUCUCGCACAACGUCGCACACUCUAACAACACUUUGCCACACUUCUCAGCGCCCGCGCCGAGAGUUUCCCAUCGUAUGCAGCCACCGGGGCCUUACUAUUCCCUUCCUGAGCAACAACAGAUGCAGACGCAACAACAGUCGCAGUCUGUAUUCGUGCCCUUCAAUCCUCAGCAAGAACCUGUAAAACAGAGCCAAAACCAGACAUCCCAGCCUACGAGUUUGACCGUGCAGGCUCAAAGCCAGGCUCAAGGCUCCCUUCAGGUCUCCGCCAAUCUCGGCAUGAUGAACGGUUCGCAGAUUCAGCACGUGACCAACGCUGGCAAGCAAAUGCCGCCCAACUUCGGUCCUGCAGGCCUCUUCAAUUUCAGCAGCAUCUUUGAUAAUAAUAACCAGGUGGGAAACAAUCAGGUGUGGGGUGCGUGCCAUCUUCCUGCUCGUUCGCCUCCAGAACCGUCGUACUCGGCCCCACCGACCUUUGUCAAUGUGGGGCAGAUGGAGAGUAUGAUCCCUCCACCUCCUCCAGACAACUCCAAAGCUCCAGGUUACCGCUCUGCCUCUCAAAGGAUGGUCAACAGUCCAAUUGGUAUGAACGUUUUUGAUUACCUACUGUCUGCACCCGCAGCAUUGACCAGCUAUGCCACCAGUAUCUCUGGGAGUGUGUAUCUGCACGGCCACACGGGAGUAGGCGCGCCCUCAUUCAGCAGACAGCACUUUUCCCCUCACCCCUGGAGUGCAUCCACAUCUGGCGAGUCUUCAGUUCCGCCUCCAUCGACGGCGUCAACUUCUAGCCUCUCCACUUCGGCCGUGGCCCCUCCGCCCCAGCCCAAACAAGGUGCCUCCUCGCAGCAAGAUCGGAAGGUUCCUCCACCCAUCGGCACGGAAAGACUGGCGAGGAUCAGGCAGACUGGUUCGGUGAACCCCCCGCUCCUCACCACCAGCUACACGGCAUCUGUUGGACAGGGUGGCGGCAUUUGGUCAUUUGGCGUUGGCAGUGCUUCAGAGGGGAUGUCUGGUUGGUCCCAGCCGCUGAUGAGCAGUCACAUGAUGCAUCCUCAGCUGCAGGCGGAGCAGUCGGCCUUCUCUCAGCACCAGCCCAUGGAGCAGGAUGACACGGGGAUAGCAAACCCUGCUAAUAACUUCCAUCAGGCUCAGCACUUGCCCAACACAUACAUGGACUUCCCAAAGGGAAUGCCCAUGUCGAUGUAUGGAGGAACCAUGCUGCCCCCUCAUCCACCAAUGGGAGAGGGGCCCGGGGGACCCAUGUACAAUGGUUUGCAUGCUGGUGACCCUGCAUGGAGCCCCAUUAUCAAAGUGGUCCCAAACAACGCAGACAACACCGACCCACAACAGCAGAUGUGGCCAGGUACAUGGGCACCACAUGUGGGCAACGUGCACCUGAAUCAUGUCAACUAG